CAUAUUCUAGAAGAAGGCUAAUUGACCAAAUUUAUUGACUAAUUGAACACCGACCCUUGCCUUAUUGCAUAUAUAUUUAAUUAGACGCCCAUAUUCUCUUCAUAAAAGACGAGACGUAUUGACCAUUCUUCUUCAAGAUCCAGCUCCGAUAUUCCCCAUGGCUAGAAUUCUUCCUGCCUUGGCUUCCCAAAUCAUCCUCUUCUGCCUUUUCUCUGCGACUCUGGUCUAUGGAGAAGAGAAAGGCUUUGCAAGACCCUUAGACCGGAAGCAACACAAGCUGAGGAAAGAAAAGCUCAGCCACUUUCACUUCUUCUUCCAUGACAUCCAGAGUGGCCGGAAUCCCACUUCUAUCCCGGUGGUGCCGCCACCCUCCAACUCAUCGAAGACGGGCUUUGGUGUUGUAUUCAUUUUUGAUAACCCAUUAACCUUGGGACCCAAACUGAGCUCAAAAACGGUCGGGAAGGCACAGGGGCUUUUCUCUUCUGCCUCUCAAGAAGAAUUUGCUUUGUUGAUGGUUAUGAACUUUGCCUUCAAUGAAGGAAAAUAUAAUGGCAGCUCCCUUUCCAUUCUUGGAAGGAACCCCGGUGCCACCAGCAAGGUGAGGGAGUUUCCGGUGGUCGGAGGCAGCGGGCUUUUCCGGUUUGCUAGAGGUUAUGCUCUCGCCACCACUCAUGACUUGAAUAUGAAGACGGGUGAUGCCAUAAUUGAGUACAAUCUCUAUGUGUUCCAUUAUUGAUGUUCUUGAGGUUCCUUUCCUUUUUUUUUUUUUUUUUGCAAUUAUUUUGGCAACUUUUGUCAAGAGUUUGUGAGUGGUUUGUAUUACUUUAAACGUGCACCAUGCUUUCACAUUA